AUAUUAUCUGUGACUGAUGGAAGAUGAUUUAAACUUCUUUGUUCAGGAUGCUAAUAUGAGAAAAUUCGUGUCAAGAAAAACUGAAUGUACAAAAUGUCAAGUUUUUUGUUUUAAUAAUUUGCUGCCGUUUUUGUUAAUGGGCUUACAACUCUAUAUAAAAACAUGAGAGACUCGCAGACUGAUUUAAAAAGUCGCUCCGGUCAUGGUCAACACGACGUCAGUUUACAGAUAAAUGAAACUGACGUACAGAGACGUACUUUUAAGAUACGCAACAGAAACAUCAUCAAGACAUCUUUUGAUAUCAAUACAAGGAAAAAGGAUCAAUUCUUGUAUACAAAGUUUAGUGAAACAGGUAGCGCUUCCGCACACACGUCGAGUUUAGUGUUACCUCACCCCACACAUUUCGGACAAGAUAAAAGUAGUGGUGACAGUUGUACGGGAAAUGAAUCUUGUCUCGAUAUAUCAUUGUCUCCAAGAAAGGAGCAGUUUUCUGGGUAUUACGACAACGUUAGGUAUGAGAAGUCCACAACGAGCUUAUCUCGUUGGAUGCGACAUUAUACUGUUCGAGAUAUGAGAUUUUGGGACGUAACGUUACCGGGCUCCCAUAAUUCGGCAUCAUGGUGUUUAGCUCGAAAUAAAGAAAAUCGAUGGGGGGGAUUACCUCUUGUGUUUCUAAGGAUGUACAUUCUUUGUCAAGAUAAAACAAUUUUUCAACAAUUACGAAUGGGGAUAAGAUUUCUAGAUAUAAGGGUCUGUAAGUAUUCAUCUAAACAUGAAGAGAUUUAUUGUGCCCAUGGUGGAUUUCGUACCAUACCACUGAAAGACGUACUUCAUCAAAUAGCUCGGUUCUGUGCAUGUCACAAAUCCGAAGUAGUCGUUUUAUCAAUUCGUAAAGACGUAGCUUAUGUUCACGGCCCUCUAAGUGUGGGUAUCGUGGAGUCCGAUAGUCUCGUGGCAUCAGUUUUAGUCAAAUUUCUAGGUCCUGAGCUUUCCGAUACUAUAACUAUACGUGAAUUAACUGAGAGGAGUCAAAAUAUUCUUUAUUUUUAUGAAGAUAGAGAACGUUAUUUCUUAUCUCCCAAAAAAAAAAUUAAAAGUAUUGAUGGUAAACGGUUUUUAUGGCCGCAAUCUUAUGGUAAAAAAGUAAGAGGUUCAACAACAAUGGAAGACAAUGCCCAAUGUCCUUCUGUUCCAAAUAAAGUGAAUGUAUGCCCUGAAAGUGGUACUAUAAAAGUUGAAGGGAAGGAACACACUGAUAUGUUAACCAAAACUCCUAAUGAAGAUAUGUUAACACAACUAAAUAUUGAAAGCUACGAGACAGCGCAGCUUUUUGAAUGGUCGGAACCCGGGGAAACUCAUAAAAACACUCUUUGGCAUCCAGAAGAUGGAACAAAAGUGACAUUAAAAAAAACUGAAGAUGGUCUGGUCGAUUCGAAAAGCACAGCUAUUCAAACUAUAUCUUUGAUAGGUUGGAGCUCAGAGAGACGCUGGUCAGAUCCAGAAAUACACUGUAUGUCAACUAUUCCUCAACUCCAAACUUGUUAUAAUGUUAAUUCUACUUUUUCACAUCACGCCACGAAAAAAAAUAAAGAAAAUAUAUUUUUCGAAAAGUACAUAUCCAAGCGUUCAGAGAAAAAUAAAAAAAAAAUGUUUUCACAGUUAAGCCGUAAUUUAAAUGAUUUUUUCUUGCCUAGAAAAAGUGAUUUAUCAAUAAAUUCCAGUCAGUGCUUUUCUUUAAAAGAGGUUUCGACUAAAAGCCAAUAUGCAUCGGCCUGUAGUAAAAAAUCAGUAUCUCAUUCUAAAAAAGCACAUGAUAUUCAUUUUUGUGAAAGGGAAAGGAGUCGGAAAAACUUUGUGGAGUCCCUGUGUUCGGACACUUUACCUACAACAGCAUGUCAAGAAGAUUCUUAUAAUAGAAGUUUUGAAGAUUUCAAAUUUUUCAUCGAUUUCUGUGAACCAUCAAAAUUAUCACCCAAUGAACAUUCAUCAACACUUAAACGAUCUAAACCUAGAAUUUUUUCAAAUACAUCUUUUAGAUACAUUGAAGAUGACAUACUUUCUCACGUUCCAAAAUUAGUGAAAAAUCGAAGAAGUUUAGCUCCUCUUUCAGACCAUAUUCUUCAUUUUUCUGACAAAAAUCAUAAAGAAUUGUCUUUUAAUGCUCAACAUUCCGAAAAACAUAAACAGAUGCCACAGGCUCAUUUCUUUCUCGCAGGUCAUUCCCGUAUAGUCAAAUCGUGGAAUUUGACCUGCGACCCUCAACCAGACGCACUCUGUGAAAAGCUUGUACAGUGGACCUUACUAUAUGGAUCGCCCUAUCCACGAAAACCUUUUAUAUUAAAAAUUCUUGCAGGAGAAGUCACUCCUCCGUCUUUCGGCUCACCGAAAGCACCUAUGGACGUGAUACGAUUCUGGACCGUUCAAGGAGCGGCUGCCUUAUGUUUUCGUAAUGGAGGCUUGAACGCUGCAGCAAUUAAAACACAACGAGUCUUGUUGACUAAUGUACUCAAGAGGUCGAUGAUUGCACGAGUUAACGGAAUAACACAUGAUUUCGUUAACCAGAGUGUUAUUUCUAAAAUUAUUAAAGAAAAUAUCAAAUCUCAUUCUUUGUUCAAGCAAGCUUUAAUAAUUGAAAAAAACAAUAAGGAAAGACUGCAAGAAAAAUUUGCUGUAAUUUAAAAGAAUUUUCAUUUUAAAGCUCACUCAGUAUGGUACAACAAGGAAUCUAAAUUAUUGUUUGAUUUAAAAAGAAAAUUUUAUUGUGUCUUAUAGUCUUCUUAAUAUAAUCUUGCAUGAAAACAGCUAUUUUUUGUUUAUUGGCAAUAGCAGAAACAAUUCCUCAUAAAAAAAUCGUCAUACUUUUACGAACUUUGUCAUUGACUGUAGAGAAAACAUACCAAACUAAUGAAGUUUUUUCUGAAAAAACACUCUACCACUACCUCCAUCUAUUCUUAUACCAAUUUGAUUUAUGCUAAAGCUUAGAUAAAGAAAAACAAUUCA